GAAUCAUUCGGAUUUCGGGAUACUUUCUUCUUAGUUGUCUGUGGUUCGGAACGCGAUAUACGUAAUUUGCCUCGUUUGUCGCUGUAAACAAGUUUACGUAUUUUUUUUUUCAUUUUAUUAUUUGGAUAUCACUGUGAAAUUAUAGUAUGUGUGGAGUGAUGUAUUUGUGACUAUCCAUGUAAAUAUUGUCGCGUGCGCCUAUAACAUCGGCGAAUAUUUUCGAUAAUAUGUUGCUCAUAUCUUGUGUUUUAACAAUAUUGCUGCAUUAUGCCUCUGGAGAUAGUUUAUGUGGAAACUCGACUGAGAGCAGUCUGAAGAGCUGCACUACUCAGAUCCUCGGCGACCAGGGGCGCACGGAACAUGACCUGUGCCAGAUGGAGGUGUUCCCGACUAACAGUCCGGAGUGCAGCUCGAUGAAGUUCGGCCCGCCGGUGUCGAACGCGCACAUCGGCGGUGUCACAUUGAAGCCUCACGUCAUCACACAAGCGCAUGACAUCACCAAGAUCGCUAUCAACAGAACUGUGCUUAAUAUCACAUUCAGUAAUAUUAAGUGGACGACAAUGCGUUUCCGUUUCCAAGACAAGUUCAGGGAGGCGCGCAACCACUGUCGCAAUAUCCUUAUAUCGAAGGACGUGACUGUCGACGACCGCUCCGUGCUGUACUACGACUGCUACUGGCCGAUAAGCAACCUGCACGAGGACCAGAGCUACAUACUGGACUUCGAGGCGAACAACACUUGGGGCGUGUACCGCGGCCAGUACUACUUCAACGUGCCCUCCGCUGAGAUGCUCAGUCAUUCGGUCUCCGAAAAAGAAUGGAAACCGUUCGUCUACAUUGAAAUAUUCCCUACAAAGAUGCGCCUGCACAUAAUGCCGCCGCCGGAACAUCUGAAGAUCACCGGCUACCAUGUAAAAGUAAUGAAGAAGGACUGCGAUAAGAACGGACCGUGCGAAUUGAAGUCCAAGUGGGUGGAGUUGAAUAACAAAACGGAUGAGGUGUCUUAUGACUAUAGCUAUGUGGGCAGUAACGGCAAGUUUUACUUCACUGUCACCCCCCAACACAAGAAGUGCGUGAAUGGCGUCGGUUGCAAGACUGUAGAGAGUCCGAAGAUUGUCAUUUCUUUCAUCGAGGUCCAGUCCCUGAACAUCUGCAUCGCGAGCAUCACUGCCCUGAUAGUGGCCGCGCUGUUCGCGUACUACAUCGUGCUGCGCGUGUUCAGGCGCUACUGCUGCAAGGACUACCGACUGGCUCACAGUAACGAGAUACCAACUCCACCAAAAGUGCUGGUGAUAUACUCGCCAACGAACAGACUGCACGCAGAGUGCGUCGCGUCAUUCGUCAGCUACCUCCACUACGAGUACGGCAUCGACAUCAUGUACGACGGCGACAUAUCGAACACCUCCCACGGCGACCCCUACAUCUGGGCAGAGGAGGCGUUCAGGAUCGCGUCACACAUAAUGUACAUCGUGGGCCCCGCGGAAGAAACUAAUCUUUACAACAACAUCUAUGACAAACCGAUUAUAAGCCCGCAUAGAAAUGUCGAUGUACUAUUGCUGUCGUUCGUCAAGGCCAACCGGGUAGCGAAAUGCCCUAAGGACGUGCUGAACGUAUUCUUCGAGUAUUCCAACGGACAGAUACCCGUCGAAACGCGUCACGAUAAACUAUUCUUCCUCAUAAAGGACUGGCAUAAGCUCAUAGCGUAUUUGUCCAAGAAUCUGUUGCCUAAAAGGCAGAUAAUGCGCACAGAAAGGGGAAGGAGCUUUCUAGAAGAUUUAACGCGGGCCAAGAAACUGCUGAACGUGAAUGCAGAUGAGGUUAUGGUGAAAUGUGAGAAGAAUGCGUUUGACAGGAAAAUUUUAUUGUAAUUUUUUUGAUCGAAUCAGUCAAUACUGAUAUUAUAGGUUACCUCUAAUAGGUUUUGGGGUCCGGAAUAAACUCGGCUUUGUCUGGGAUGUGAAUUGCAUUUUUUGUAGAACCCGAUCUAUUGAUGGUAAGUUUGCCUGUGAAUAUACCGGAUAUCCUUGAGGAAAGCUAAGGAUCAUCAGGAUUGUGGCUGUAUCACUGAUCGAAAACACCCGAACAGUUAUUCGUCGGUUUUGGAGUGGUACCACCUCGGUCGAAAUUGGCUAUAGCGCGGUUCUGCCAUUAUUUUGGUCUGCAUUUAGUGUUGUGCGCGCGUAGUUUUGAAGCGACAUCUAUUCGGAGGUAAUCUAUGCGUUCUGCCCACCCCCAUUCUUGAUCGAUGGUUGGGCAAUGAUAUAUUUAGUUUUACCGUGUUUAGUGUGUGAGAGUCGUUGUUUUGUUACUAACUUGGAGAAUACACAUGCUAUAUGACAUACUUGUUAACUGACAUAUGAAAAAAAAAGUAUUUUAUUUUAAUGAUUGAUGGAAAUCUCAGAAAUUUGAAGUCCAUAUUAAAAAUAGUAGAAUUGGGUAUAGAAAAAACUAUGAGUUAGCGACUCAUUCAUUGUGAUAAUAUUGUAAAUUAAUGUUGCAAUUGCUGAGUGGAUUUGGAUGGAAUUUGGCACAAAGACAGACAUCCUGGAUAUUUAAAAUGUUUUAUUUUCUGUAAAAAUCACUGAGACAUUCCACAAUAAGUAUACAAUGUAUAAUCUCGGCACUCUUCCAUGUAGUAUGGUAGUUGAAAACAGAUCAUAGCAUGUGUAUUCAAGAUGUUAUGAAACAUAAUGGAGUGAUAUUAGGGCAAACAAAUAUGUCGUUUUGUAUAUGUUAGCUUAUCGCCCAGUUUUAUAUUCUCUUUUACUGUUAAUCGGUUAUAGAUUUUAUAAUAUCUUGUACAUUUUCUAUUUCGGCAAUGUGUACGUGUUUCCUUACCAAAUGUUUGUGCAAUGUUAGGGUUUAUUCACAUCAGUCAAACGAUUUGUAAUUUGCGAAUAAUGUAGGCUCAGUGCAGACGUGCCGAGCUGUGAGAAAUCGAUUGUGGGAAUUAAUCAUGCUUGUUUAAAACUGUGUAGUAUGAUCGAGUACGACAAAAUGAUCCUACUGCACCUGAUGGUAAGUGGAGUAGUCCAAUAGAUGUCGACUGACGAGAUAUGAUUACCUCGACAGUCGACACAAUUAUGCCGGCUUGGAACCGGAUAUACACAAGCUGAUCCCGGAACGAGACGUAGGCCACUAUGGCGGGUUUUAACACAUUGUGUACGAUGGUCGCUAUCCGGGCGGAUAAAAAAUAUAUCCUAUCAACAAAAUAUCAUUCAUAUGUAAACGGUGAUAAGGUCGAAUUUAUUAGAUUUUUCUCAGCCACGGUCGUCCGCACUGAUCCCAUUUACAAUAUUGUUGUGUUAAAUAUUUCUUGCGUAAGUCAGACGCAGGCACCGUCAUGGUUUAUCGACGUAAAAUGUUAUUGCUUUUCUAUUUCUUGAUGUUUCAAAUUCUUUAGUGUGCCAUAACACCUUCUAUGAAUGUUGUGUAUCAGUCGCUUGAUUUGUUGGGUCAGUUUUACAUUGAAUUGUUAUUGGGUUUUAGGCGCUGAGCACACGACGUACGUUUUGGCCGUUGUUGCCGGACAGAAAUACCAGUUUAAAUCAAUAUCCUGUUGCAUUUUGGUGAAAAAUUUAGAGCCUGUAAGAGCUUUAAAUUCUCCGAGUGUUUAGAGUCCAAUUUCUAACCUAAAUCAUUAAAAUCUUUGUUAUUCAACAUUUUCAAGAAAUCAAUCAACUAUGAUUGUACAAUACAGACCUAUUUCAAUUAAAAAUAACCAUCACCCGUGUUAAAAAAUAAGUAGACUGCUCGGUACUUAAUUUAUUUCUUAUAUAAUAUGGUUUUUAGAUUAGGUAUUUUUUUUAUUGAUAAUCUUGUCCGGCGAGCGAAGGCGGACAAAAUGUCCAUCCACUCAGCCCUUAUGUUGUGAAAAUAAAUUGAGCGAUCCUCAACGUAAGACUAAAUAACUGUCACUAUACGAUUUACUGUCGCACAAAAUCUAUUUUAAGAUGUUGAUGUUGUAUUCAUGUUGAGCAGGCUUAAAUUCUAUUUUCUAUAAUAAAUUAUAAGUAUGACGAGUCGUUUGUGUCAACAUUUGGUUACUGGAAUGUGUUAAGAAUAAAGGUCUGAUCACUUACAGCAGAUUUGGAUUGUAGGACGUAUAAUCACGUCCAAUAUAAUUUUAUAUAAGCGGAUGAAUACUGCACCUUUUUAAAAUUUUCAAUAAUCGAUCCCAAUCUCAAUCUUCAAUCCGAUUCCGAGAAUGAACCAAUCAAAAUAACGCAUUUGUAAGCAUGUGAAAAAACUCUUUGUUCUGAUUGGUUCAUAUUUCAGAUAGAUGGAAAAAAUCGAUCGGGAUCAUUGAAGAUAGCGAUAAAUAAGUAUGUAACGGGGUUAAAAUAAAUGCACCAGUAUUUUUAAGUGUUUCAGAUCUUUAUAGAUUGGUGAACAGUAGACCAACAUAUUAAUCGCACUCUUAAUAAAAUAAUAACCUAUUCCAAAAUUGUUAAUUUGUGGGUGUGUGUCAAAAAACUACUUUCUGUUUGCAACCUUUUUUUUGACCUAUCUUUCAUAAGUUAAAUUUUAUAACUUAAAAACGGUCGCAAACAGAAAUUAGUUUUUGAUGAUUUCCACAAAAACAAUUUUGGAAUAAGUCAUUAUUUUAUUAAGAGUGUGAUAUGUGAAGUGUUGUACACAGACGGCUCGGUUGUUUGGUCUCGUUCGAGCCACGGAUCUGUAGUUAUUUAGUCUUAUGCCCUGAUAUAUUAUCUCGUUGAUCUCGAUUGGGAAACUGUUGACAUGUGUUCUAUCAUUAUACAGGACUUUCAAUUAUUAAGCUCAAUAUAUACCUGUGGUGUAUUUUUAUAAAUAAACUCGUGAAUAUUAUAUA